AUGAAUAUGACCAACAAUACCAUCCUGGUGACCAAGUUCAUCCUGCUGGGUUUCCCCUCCCUGGGCUGGCUGAGCCACAUCAUCCUCUGUGCCCUUCUGUCCUUGGCCUAUGCCGGGACACUGGCAGGAAACCUGUGCAUUGUGUGGGCUGUGCUGAGGGAUCCCCACCUCCAACGCCUGCCGAUGUACAUCCUGCUGGGGAACUUCGCCUGGCUGGAGAUCUGUUACAUCACAACCAUGGUGCCACGGAUGCUCUCUGACCUGGUGUCCCCUGGCAUCCCCAUCUCCUUCCUGGCCUGCUUUGUGCAGUUCUACUUCUUCUUUUCCCUGGGGGCCACCGAGUGCCUCUUCCUCUCAGCCAUGGCUUUGGAUAGAUCCCUGGCCAUCUGCCACCCCCUGCGCUACUCCGUCCUCAUGUCCCGCCAGCUCUGCUGGGCACUGGUGGCCUCCUGCUGGCUCUGUGGCUUUCUAUGGUUUGUAGUGCCCAUCAUCCUCAUCUCUCAGCUCUCCUUCUGUGGUUCCAACACCCUGGAUCAUUUUGUCUGUGACCCGGCCCCAUUGCUGGCUGCCUCCUGUACCUCAGCUCCCCGGACUGAACAGGCUUGCUAUGCCCUGAGCUCCCUCAUCAUCUUUGCCACAGUCCUCUUCAUCCUGGCCUCCUACGGGCUAGUCAUCAGGGCUGUGCUGAGGCUGCCAGCUGGGGCCAGGCGGCUCAAGGCCUUCUCCACCUGCACGUCUCACUUGGCUGUUGUGGGCCUGUUUUAUGGUUCUGUCAUGGUCAACUAUGUCAACCCAGCAGCCUCGGGAAGCAGCGGGAAAGUGGUGACUCUCUUCUACACAGUGUGGACCCCACUGUUCAAUCCACUGAUCUACAGCUUGAGAAACAAGGAGAUGAAGGAGGCUCUGAGGAGGACACUGCUCAGGGAGCUGUAG